AUGCAUUCACCGUCCCCCCAGCUCCUACGUGCCCUGCGCACCUCAAUCCUGCACACCCCUCGCUCAACCCCGACCGCAUUCUCAAUCCCAUCCACCCUAACAUCAUGCACCAUCACAACCAACACCGCAAUCCCCUCCACACACCGCAACUACAGCUCGGUCAUCCGGCCAGCCCGCAUGAUCCCGCGCUCACACGCACACAAGCCCGUCAGCCACGACCGCGGACCUGAGUCCAAAGAAGAUACACAGACGAACUUUGAUGCGCUGAACGUGCUAGGCAAUAUCCCUGCACCGACAACCGCCAUUGACGCAUGUCUGGAUUCCGGCUUCCAUCUGAACAAUGGUGUCAAGGUUUCUAAUGGGGACGGGUUGUUGCUCGUUGGCGGUGAGGCGUUUGCGUGGCGGCCGUGGAAGGCUGUUGGCGCGGAGAAUGAUCGUGGUGCGAAGGAUGCUAUGCUCAAUGCUAAGGGGCAGUUUGAGCUUGAUGAGUCCGUUUGGGGGAUUUUGAAUCUUGUUUGGCCGAAGCCUGAUAUGCUUAUUCUUGGUGUUGGGGGCUCGAUGUUUCCUCUCUCGCCUGAAACUAGGCGUCAUAUUAACUCGUUGGGCAUUCGGGUUGAUGUCCUUGAUACUCGGAAUGCGGCGGCGCAGUUCAAUUUGCUCGCUACGGAGCGCGGAGUCACUGAAAUCGCUGCUGCGAUGAUACCUAUUGGGUGGAAGGCUAGACCUCUGUGA